GAUGACUAUAACGUAAUGUUAAUAAUUCAUAAGAGAGCAUUGAUCUUCAUAUAAUUUGGAUUUUAUUAAAAAUUUUACAAGAAAUGUGUAUAAUACAUGGGCAUACGAAAUGCAAGUGUUAUUGUUAUUCAUCUUAUCGUCUAGUUGGGAUGUUUUGAAUGCAUUUUAUAUGAAUUAUGAAGAUGAAGCUUCUAAACAUAGAAUACGUAAAUUUAAUCAAGACCUUAAACCUAUAAUGUUAUCAAAGAAUAAUCAGAAAUAUCAUACAGAGCCGUCAAAAAAUUUCAACUGCGAUGAAUUUUCAAGCUAUGCAAUCAAUUGCACAAUUGAUGCUGCUUUCAUUUACAACUCCACUCGAAUGUCACCGCCUUCGCCAACGAAAAUUAAUGACUGGUGCCGUGCUAUCAAACAUUUAACAAAUUGUGCGAUUGAUUGGAACACAGAUUGUAAGGAUGUAACAGAUAGCCAUUUCAACGAAGAGAGCAUUAAAGGGCACAUUCAUGUCGUAAAUAAUAUUUGCGACGAUGAAUGGUUUCUUAUACGGUACGAGGAACUGGAAGUUUGUAUAGAAGCUGCUUCACAGCCUUGGGAGUUCUGCUAUUUAACCUUUAAGAAUUCUGUGGAGGAACAAAAAAAUAUUACCCAGGAAUGGACGCAUUAUGAAGUACACUUUAGACUUUGUUGCGCAAGAGCACGGUUUCGAAGAUGCACUCUUGAAACAUUAUUUACGCUGCCACCAGAAUGUUCUCACAACCAUGCGGUUACUUUACAAAAGUUCUCUGUCGUUGUGUCCGAGGGCAGCGUUUAUCAGGACUGCGAUCAUAACAUGAUGUAUGAGAACUGUCCCGGUGGAGAUCCACGGCCAAGCAGUGCGAUGCUUAGGCGUCUGAUGAGUGCCGACAUACUGAGUUCAGCAUCCGGUCGACAAUAUGGGUCGAUUAUAACUUCCUUAUGUGUGUUUAUUUUGUUUGUGGUGAUAAUACAAUUUGUUUAGUUUCUA